AGCAUGUUCAAUUCCCCAUUCACAUGACAAAAUGCAUUGCAUCAUCAAAGAGGCCAAUAUCAAGCUUACAAACACAGCAUGGAAGUUUCUAUAUAAUGUUCAGAAGAGGAUCAAAAUAUGAUGCAUUCCACACAUAUCUGAGUUUUAAUCCCCUUAGUGUUGUGUUGAGAUGGCACAGCUGGCAGGUGCGGAUGAGAUAGAGUCUCUGAGAAAUGAGUUAGCAGAGAUAGGAAGGAACAUAAGGUCCUCAUUUAGAAGUCAUGCCUCUAGUUUCCAGAGAGUUUCAAGCAUCAAUCCUGUGCAACAAGAAGUUGAUAACGACGCCGGAGAAGCGUUACAAUGGGCUGAAAUUCAGAGGCUACCCACCUUUGAGAGAAUUACUUCAGCUUUGUUUGAUGUUUAUGAUGGCAUGGAAACAGGUUGUUGAUGUCAGAAAGCUUGGAGCUCAAGAACGGCACACGUUCAUAGAGAAGCUUAUUAAACACAUUGAGAAUGAUAACCUUCGAUUGCUGCAGAAAUUCAGGAAAAGAAUUGACAAAGUUGGUAUUAAUUUGCCCACAGUGGAACUGAGGUACCAAAAUCUGUCUGUGGAAGCUGAGUGUAAAAUAGUCCAAGGCAAGCCCAUACCUACACUGUGGAAUACCCUAAAAGAAUGGAUCUUUGACACCACUAAAUUGUCAGUUCUGAAAUCUCAAAAUUCCAAGAUAAGCAUCAUCAAAAAUGACAAUGGAAUUAUUAAGCCUGGAAGGUAUGCUAUACUAAGUUUAACAGUGUUAUUGUACCGGAAUUAUUUACUGCCAGUUAUUAUUUGUUACCUCAUUUGGAAUUUGGAAUAUUUAUUGACUGUAUUUGAUGUUAGCUUAUUAUAUUUAUUCCGUUGCAGGAUGACCUUAUUGCUUGGCCCACCAGCAAGUGGUCAACCCUUUUUUUUUAGAACACAAAUUAAAUUUAUAACAUAUAGAUACAUGACUAAUGUUUUAUAAAAUUAAAGACUUAUUGAUUUUUUAUAUUAACCUUACAACCAUACAAGAAACUAUUAGAGGUUUGUUUCAAUAUAUUGUUUAAUUACUAAUAAGAUGUAUUUUGAAUAAAACAUAGUCUCGUUGAUGUCUGGCAUGUGCACGAUGAUAGUGGUUCAAAUUUUUAUAAUUUCUACUAAAUUGAUAUGAACUUUGUAAAUUAUUUAGAUAGUGUGAGAUUUCCUGGCUUGUUGUUGGUGUGAAUUUAUUAUUUUCCAAAUUUGCAAUGGAGAAUUGAUCUUUGUAGGAACGAUUAUGCAAAUCUUUCCAAAUAUAACAUCAUGCAAUCUUUGGUUUCAUGGAUCACAAUAACCAAUAAAUUAUCAUUGAUUACACCUCUUCAAAA